AUGGUAGAGUUCGCACCCUUGACCGUGCCGUGGGAGCGCAGGCUUCAGACGUUCGUCGUCUUGCUAUGGGUCUUCUCCUUCCUGGCCUUGGCCCAGAUCUCCAUUGCCAUCUUCAUAGGCCUCCUAUUCACAAGAUUCUGGCUCCUCACUGUCUUGUAUGCAACCUGGUGGUACCUGGACUGGGACACACCACAACAGGGUGGCAGGAGUUUCCAGAUCUUGAGGCACUGUGUUCUGUGGAAGUACAUGAAGGACUAUUUCCCCGUUUCGUUGGUCAAGACUGCUGAUCUGGACCCCUCCCGGAACUACAUUGCUGCCUUCCACCCACAUGGGGUCCUGGCCGCUGGAGCUUUUAUUAACCUGUGCACGGAGAGUACCGGCUUCACCUCCCUCUUCCCCGGUAUCAGCCCCCGUCUGAUGAUGUUGAGCUUGUGGUUCCGGGCCCCCUUCUUCAGGGAUUAUAUCAUGGCUGGAGGACUGGUUGCAUCUGACAAGGAGAGUGCCAUUCACUUGCUGAGCAGGAAGGAAGGCGGGAACUUUCUGGCCAUCAUUGUAGGGGGUGCUAAGGAGGCAUUAGAUGCCCGACCUGGAGCCUACAGGCUGUUGCUGAAGAACCGCAAGGGCUUCAUCAAGCUCGCUCUGAUGCAAGGGGCAGCUCUGGUGCCCAUGUUCUCCUUUGGGGAGAAUGAACUAUUUAACCAGGUUAAUAACCCUCCUGGAUCCUGGUUACGCUGGGUCCAGAACCACCUGCAGCAGGUCAUGGGCAUCUCUCUUCCACUCUUCCAUGGUCGUGGUAUCUUCCAAUACAGCUUUGGCCUCCUACCCUACCGCCGGCCUAUCACCACCGUGGUGGGGAAGCCCUUGGAAGUGCAGAAGACGCCCCAACCAUCACAGGAGGAGGUAGACCAUCUGCACCAGCGCUACAUCAGGGAGUUGUGCAGUCUCUUUGAAGCCCACAAGCUCAAGUUCAACAUCCCUGAGGACCAGCAUUUGGAGUUCUGCUAA